AUGGAGAGUAACUCGAGAAGCUCUACUUUGAGAGAGGGAGCCAAAUGGAACACUUCUGUUCCCUAUCUGCUGGGAAACACUCUUGAUGUGCAUUACAAAGGGAUUAUUUUGAGGGCCUUUGAGCAGUUUAGUCUGAAAUCCUGCAUCAACUUUAUUCCACGGCAAAAUGAAAAUGACUUCAUCCACAUCCAGAAAUUAGGAGGGUGUUUCUCUUAUGUAGGAAAAAAGGUUUCAGGUGGACAGAAUGUUUCCAUUGGGUUAAAAUGCGCAUUUGUUCCCAUUGUGGAACAUGAGCUUCUUCAUGCCCUGGGCUUCUUUCACGAGCAGUCCAGAUAUGACAGAGAUGACCAUGUCACAAUAAUCUGGGAGAACAUCCAAGAAGGGGAAGAGAACUGUUUCAAUAAAGCAAGUGAGGAUGAGUCAAGCCUCCUUAAUACUUCAUAUGACUACACAUCUCUAAUGCACUACAAAAAAAAUGAAUUCAGUAAUGGAAAUGGAUCCACCAUCAUCACAAAGCAACCUGAGUUUCAAGAUGUGAUCGGCAACCGUAUAGAAAUGAGCUCAACAGAUGCACUGGAACUGAACAGGCUCUAUCAGUGCGAUGCGUCAGUCUCCUUCCUGGACCACUGCAGCUUUGAAGAUGAGAGCCUGUGUGAGAUGAGUGUCUGCUCCAGGAGUUCAGCUGGAUGGCAGAGAGUGAGCCGAGCUGAUGGAGGUCCCCACUCAGACCACACCUACCUGGGCACUGACUCUCAGGGUGAGGUUUCUGUCCAUGUGUACUGAAGAGAAGAUG